GGACCUCCUGGGACUGGCAAAACGCGCACUAUCUUGGGCCUUCUGGCGGCCUACUUCAAGCAGCCACACUUGCCCCGGCGAUCGCGUGUACUGUUGUGUGCGCCGUCCAAUGCGGCUGUGGACGAAGUCGUGCGACGAAUCCUGGCUGUG